AUGUCAAGCACUACAGGAGACAUUCCAAAUCAAAGCUUGCCCAACCACACCCAUCAUAAAUUUGCCAAUGAGCACAAGGAUAUGAUUGUUGAGGAUUGGAAAAAGGUUGGAUGGUUGGAUGAGACAAAGAUCAACUUUUUUGGACCAGAUGGUAAGCAGUUCUGUUGGGUUAAGAACACUGGCUUCAACAGUAAGCUUGUCAGGCCAAAAGUCAAGUUUGGCAGCAGCUCCAUCAUGAUUGGGGGCUGUAUGGCAUGGGAAGGGGUGGGAGGUAUGCACUUGGUGCUGGGUAUAAUGGAUUCAGACCAGUACAUCAAAAUCCUGAAUGACAAGCUUGUCAAAACAAUCUUGGAUUUGCACCUUCAGCAUGGAUAUACUGAUAUUGUUUUUCAGCAAGACAAUGAUGCUAAACACACAUCCAAGAAGACUACAAAGUGGUUGACAAGCAAUAACAUCAAGGUUGUGGAAUGGCCAGCACAGUCCCCUGACUUAAACCUGAUCAAACACCUCUGGCACCAUCUCAAAAUGCAACUUUCACAGUAUAGUACAAUUGCAAAGUCCAGGGAUGAACUGCUCAAGAGAUGUGAAGCUGAAUGGACAGCAAUCACUCCAGAGACAUGUAGGAACCUAAUAGAGAGUAUGCCACACUGCAUCAAGACAGUUCUAAAGGCAAAAGGAGGGAAUACAAAGUACUAA